AUAUAUACAUUAUAUAUUUUUCUUCUCCGACUGGCUAGCCAUGUCGAACAGUUGCUACAACCCAUUCAUCUACGGGAUUUACAACGAGAAUUUCAGGAGAGAGUUUCAAGGAAGGUGUUCCUGUAAAUCUCGAAGAUGGUCAGGCGGCCCGUCGAACGAUACCACAGAUGCCCCAAGCACCAAAUGCUCCGUUAGGUAUGAAUGGAAGCGAUCGACUUCCAGUUCCUAUCCUAGCGUGUCGUCGCUUUAUAAGGGUGCGUCGAUGAAAGGGUCGUUCGUCAACGGUCGUAAAUCUAACGACCGGAACAAGAAUAAAGGACUCGGUCAUUAUAUUCGUCGGGGGAAUCAUUGCUCGAACGGAAGCGAAGAAUUGUACGUCCUCCCAUCGGGGAAGCAUAAACGUUCGGAGAACUUCGGAUCCGAAGAAAUGGGUCUUUAAUCGAGAAUUUCAUUUACAUUACGAGAAUCAAACUCUGCUCAAUAUUUCCAAUAUCCGGGAUAGACAUGCGCGUCGUGCGUACGAACGAAGACUUAUCGAACUUCACAAAAUGUUCAAGGCUGUGAAACUUUUAUUACAAUAAAUAAUGGUUUUUUAUUAACGUUAAGC